AUGCUUCAAUCUCAACAUAACGCUAUAUCAGCCUUCGAAUCAGGACUCGAAGGUCAAUCUCCGAAUAUUCUAAAUUCUUUGAAACGUGAUCACGAUUUAUUAAAAUCUCUUUACCAAGAAUAUAAUAACGCAAAAUCUACCGAGGAUCAAGAACGAAUUGCUAAAGAAAUAUUUAAAGGUGUAGGCAUUCAUGACAAGAUCGAAACACUAGUUUUCUAUCCAGCCUUGAGAGAUAGUGGAACGGAGGCAGGAAAUAAUUAUGUUGCGCAAAGCUUGUCAGACCAUGAAAAUGUUAGAUCUACGUUGUAUGAGCUGAACGUUCUGAUUGAGGACGAGGGGGAAUUUAUUGAGCAUUCUGAAGUGGAAGAAAAAGAAAUUUUCAAAUUUUGCCGAAAGAUAUUUGAUGACAAAAAAAUCGAAAAACUUGGUAGAGAAUUAGACGCAAUGCGUAAGACAGGAGACAUAGAAGAGAUGGAUUCUAUAGAAAAAACAGUUGUUUAA